CUGUGUGUGUUGUCUGGUUAGUAUUCUGGAGAUCGCAGUCAGAGGACGUGAGGUCUGGCUGCUUCACCGGGAACCAGACAGUACAUGACGCCGCGCUGCGCGUCACUUUGAUGGGGGAAAUUGGCCUCCGCUCGUUUUAUUUUAGUGGAAAUUAUGCAAUUUCCAGACAGAUGCACUCUUUUUCCAGUGCCCGUGUCUCCAGACGCACCAGCUUGACUCAUUUAGGUUUUUACUUCUUUACAAAGACGGUCAGAAGCUCUCCGGAACGGGGAAAGGCAAGCCUCAUGAGUUGGCCUCGUGGAUUGCAUCGACAAAAUGGAUUUAACUAAAAUGGGUAUGAUACAGCUCCAGAACCCCAACCACCCCACUGCCCUGCUGCAGAAGGCCAACCAGAUGCGUCUGGCCGGGACUCUUUGUGAUGUGGUCAUCAUGGUGGACAGCCAAGAGUUUCAUGCUCACCGGACUGUGCUAGCUUGUACCAGCAAAAUGUUUGAAAUCCUCUUCCACCGCAGCAGCCAGCAUUACACCCUGGACUUUCUUUCACCAAAGACCUUUCAGCAGAUUUUGGAGUAUGCUUACACUGCCACACUCCAGGCCAAGGUGGAGGACUUGGAUGAUCUUCUAUAUGCAGCAGAAAUCCUGGAGAUCGAAUAUUUGGAAGAACAAUGUCUCAAGAUUCUGGAAACCAUCCAGUCCUCAGAUGAGAAUGACGUGGAGGUCAGUGCUAAUGAUGGCAGCACAGAGGAAGAUGAGGAGCGCAAAGGCCAGAAUGGAGCCAAAAUCUCUAAAAAACAUUCUAUUGAGAGCUCCUAUUUGUCAGGUAUCCAACAAGCUGCCAACGUGUCCGGCGUUGUUGAUCAGAGUCCUUCCGUCUCUACUUCCUUCAACAUCUCCAACAUGAGUCCCACCAAAGCCGCCGUCGACAGCCUGAUGAGUAUUGGCCAGUCUCUGCUGCAGCAGGGCUUUGGUGCUGAGCAGCUUAUCCAUGCUAACUCUCAUCACCUAAUGUCUGAGAUCAAGACUGAAAACAUGCAGGUGGACAUGAGCGGAAAUGGCCACGAAAGCCCUCAGAACAUGGAGUCCAGCGCCUCCAGCAACGGAGAGCGAAGCGGAGAAGACAGGAACCGAGACGGCCCCGGAACGCCAACCAGGAGCAGCGUGAUCACCAGUGCCCGAGAACUCCAUUACGUCCGCGAUGAAAGCAUGGGCGACCACCAAGCCGAAGUCAGUCAGAUGGGGCUGGAAGCAAUGACAGAGAAACAUCUCGCCUCGCUAUACUCCCUACCUGUUAAUCACAAAUCAGACACCAUGAUGUCCAUGCCGGUGUCCAUGGCCUCUGCUCUCCCCAUGUCUCCGGCCCUGGCUAUGUCUAUGGACUUCAGCACCUACGGGGGCCUCCUGCCCCAGAGCUUCAUCCAGAGGGAGUUCUUCAGCAAGCUGGGGGAGCUGGCGGUGGGCAUGAAACCCGACGGCAGGAACCAGCACGAACGCUGCAACGUCUGCGGUGUAGAGCUGCCAGAUAAUGAAGCUGUGGAGCAGCACAGAAAGAUGCACAGUGGAAUGAAGACCUACAGCUGUGAGCUUUGUGGGAAGAGCUUUCUGGACAGUCUCCGUCUACGGAUGCAUUUGCUGUCUCAUUCAGCUGGAGAGAAGGCCAUCGUCUGUGACCAGUGUGGCGCCCAGUUUCAGACCGAGGAAUCCCUGGAAGCUCACCGGCAGAUCCACACUGGCUCAGACAUGGCCAUCUUUUGCCUUCUUUGUGGGAAGCGUUUCCAGACCCAGACAGCACUGCAGCAGCACAUGGAAGUGCAUGCCGGUGUUCGCAGCUACAUUUGCAGUGAAUGCAACCGUACUUUCCCCAGCCAUACUGCACUCAAACGUCACCUUCGCUCACACACAGCAGGGGACCAUCCAUUCGAGUGUGAAUUCUGCGGGAGCUGCUUCCGAGACGAGAGUACACUGAAGGGCCACAAGCGCAUCCACACCGGGGAGAAGCCCUAUGAAUGUAACGGCUGUGGGAAGAAGUUCAGCCUCAAGCACCAGCUGGAAACCCAUUACCGCGUGCACACAGGUGAGAAGCCAUUCGAGUGCAAGCUGUGCCACCAGCGAUCCAGGGACUACUCGGCCAUGAUCAAGCACCUGCGCACCCACAAUGGAGCCUCGCCCUACCAAUGCACCAUCUGCCUGGAGUACUGCCCCAGCCUGUCAGCCAUGCAGAAGCACAUGAAAGGUCACAAGCCUGAAGAUAUCCCCCCAGACUGGCGUAUAGAGAAGACCUACCUGUACCUCUGCUAUGUCUGAGAUGGGAUUGGAGUGAAGUGAAAUAUGAGGGAGGGAAUUUGGGAAGAGGGGUAAGAGGAAUGUAACGGAGCUGGUAGGAGGUCUUGAAGAUUGAGGAAUGUCAACAAGAAGAUGCUUGAAAAAAAAAAAGAGGGUUUUUGUUUGUUUGUUUUUUUACAUGCAAAGGCAACGAUGAGGAGCUGGGCAUAGGGGCAGGGACGGUGGGACUAAAAGACUUGGACGUAGAGAGACGUUCUCCACCAUUGUUCGGAUUCACCGGGUCGUUCACUACAUCUGCAAUUGUGUUAAUGUUUCAGGUCAUUUCAUGCAGCACCACAAAGCAAGUAGGCUGCAAAGAAGUGACUGGAUGCUGCUGCCACAUUGGUGAGAAAGCAGAUUCUCAAGGGCUAUCUGACCUCCACAUCCUUCCCUCAGUUUCAUCCUCUUUUUCUGAAAGCUUUUUUUAUUUAGUGAGAUAUCGUUCACAUUGCUUUCUGUUGUCUUGCUUUUUAAAUAUUGCAUUCAUAUAUGGCUUGUAAAAAACUAUUUUCCAAGAUAAUAUGCCCCGAUUAUGAAAAUAUUUUAACUAACAUUCUUCUUAUGUUCUUGUACUGUUUUUGUUUCCUUUUCAAUGCCCAAAAUCUGCAAGUUUGUGUCCAUUCCUGAAUCCCACCAGAAGGGGUGGCGGCUCUGAGAUAGCCCCUGAGAAUCAGUAUCAGAGCCUGCAGGCUUAUGCAGUAGAUGAGACAAUUGAACUGGACUAGUGGGAGUACUAAAAUGCUGCAAACCAAGCUCCCAUUUGGUUACGACCAGGGAAGACACUACCCCUGCUCCUCCCUGGAGGUUUCACCAGUUUCUUCAGCGGUCUUUCUGGGUCUGCAUUACUUCUCAAGUGCAGGUCAGAGAUGCUCGAGUCACCACUGGCCGCUCAAGUCCAACAAGCAUCACUUUUAAGUCAUAUGUUAUUAUUUUUUUUAGCUCUGCAUCAUAGUUUAUCAUGGCUUGAUUGCACAGGUAAAGCAAACUACGACAACAGUCUCUGUUUGAUGUCAGCAAGGUAUAUAAACCCUUCAAUGAAAUAUAACUCCCAAUUAUGAUAUCGCACAAUAAAACCCAGCCAUAUCCAGCAAUAGAUAACUGGACUGCUUCUACCCAUGCGCAUUUAUCCUAUCGGUAUCUCACACUAACAAUAACCAACAUAAACUGACUCAUAACAAUAAUGCUUUGGUUGCUGAAUAUCUGUCAACUCACCACAGUGGAGGAAAAUGAAUCAUAAGUGGAGAAGGGUCUUCAUCGUGAAUCCUGUGACUGUUCGUAGUGAAUGUGGAAGUAGUUCUGAGGAUGCCGUAGCUGCACAACCCCAACAUUUGUCAGUUUUAAGGACUGUAAAUGGCAAAAGCCCUGAAUGUGAACAUUUGAAAGUGAGGUGCGAAUAAGCCUGUAUGGAAAUGCAAGUUUACGCUGUCUGUUUAUUCAACUUCAGGAACCUAAAAUUCCCACCUUCAGACAUUGUUUUAAUACUUUUCCUGCCUGGAAGUUAUAAAACAGGAACAUUUGAAAUGUGCACCCUACUCAAUUCUAGGGAAAAGAAUGCUGGAAAAGUAAAGGUUCUGACAUUUAACCUGUGUGGCAUGUCCAGUCACACAAGUGAAUGUCAGGACAUCUUCUAGUAAAUUACAUAUCCAACAGGCAGGGUGGGGGAGUCACUGAUUGGAUGAGACACAGCCAGGCAGUAUAUGAGCCUUUUCUGUGGUUGAGUCUGUGCGCUUCGUCCCUCUCGUCUCUUUGUGGUUCUUUUUAUUGACCUUGAGUUUGAGCUCAACACAUCGUACUUGAAUUACUUCUCUUUGUCUUUUGCUUUUUGUGACCUCAUGUUCCUCAUGUAUUUUAUAAUUUCCCUUGUGUUUCACAUGUACAUUUUGUUUUGAUCGGAGGAUUUAUUGCAGAACAUGUGAUGAGGCGAAGCACGCUUGCAGAGAGAUUAAGUGCCACAGAGAAAAGAUUGUGUUUCUUUUUCAUUUUGUUUUCUUUGUUACCAAAUUUGGUAUUAUUAAGUGUGUUUGUUAAAGAGCCGGAUGGUUCGGUCAUUUGUUAUAAAAGCUACCUCUGUUUUCAUGCUUGUUUUUUGGUUAAACAAAACCCACAUUCUUCUGUGUGUUUUUGCAUUACUUGUCAAAGCUACUUCAUCUCAUGCCAUUUUAAGUUGAUUUAUGAUUGUCUGUUUUUAAGAAAAGUGUGCAUAAAAGGGCAAAGCGGAGGUGGACAGGAUGAGAAAAGUCAUUCAAUGGAUGUUUAUUCUUCUCUUACGUUCUCCCCAUGCGCCUCCAACAACAGAAGAGCAGAGGAAAAACAAAAAAAGAAAAGUUAAAAAAAGCAAUUUUGAAGCCUUAAAGAGACGAGUAAGACGGAUGAGUUCUGUUGCUUUUUGAGAGCGUUUAAAAACAAGAAUUUAAACUUGAACAUAUGUGAAUAGAGUUGUAGUUUUGUAAUGUGAAAUAAUUAAAAAAACAAAGUGAGCGGGAUGUUGGUUGGAAACGCUGCAGCGCGCAGGGCAGGUUACGCUUGAUGCCGAGCGCACUGGACAAUUUAGAAGUGCAAAGCGUAAUCAAAGAAAGAAAAGAAAAAAGACAAACCAGAAGGUUAAAAAUAGAACUCCUCCUUUUGAGAGAAGCAUGGGUGUCUGUUUCUGAAGAAGAGCCAACAGAAGCAAUUUGAUAUAUAAAAAAAUUGUGAUAUUUUUGUAUUCAGUGUCAGUCCUUUUUUCCAUUUUUGUGGAGGAUUAAAGCAGGGCACAAAUAAUAUUUGUAUUUCUUUUCUUUUUUUUUUUACUGUUUUUGUUUCCCUCUUUCUGGGUGUGAAUCGUUUUUGCCUUGUUCCUCUUUGAUAUUGUUGGACAAAAACAAAAGGAAAAAAACAAAUUGUGUGAACAUGUUGUAAUUAGUGUUGCUUUCUGGAUGUCAGUUGCAUUGUCGGUGAAGGACUAAAUCUAGCCACCACCAGUUGUACAAGUGUCUGUAAAAACAAAGAAACAAGACGAUACGAAAAGAGGAAAAAAAUAACGGAACGGCAGACAGGGGGCGCUGCCACACCGACCAAUUAGUACUUCUCAUUCAGUUGUUUGUCAAUCACACUUGACUGUCGACAUUUUUUAUUUAGUUUAUUUUUUGUACUUGAAAAGAAGAAGGGAUGGCAUGUCCCGUGGUGUCUUGCCAUUUUAUUCUCAAACACUGUGAGCUGAGGGGGGAGGGCCCUUCAGAUAAAAUCCACCUACUAUAAUAAUAAUAAAAACAAAGUCACGGUUCAGUGUAAACGCCACAAUGCAAGACCCGUUCAGUCACAUUAUCCUUCUCAUCGUCCUCUGAAUGUUUUCUACUCGUUGGCGUGUGUGAAAAAGUGUGUAACUGUGUGUGUGUGUGCGGGGUAGGGGGGGGGGGAUAUCAGUGGGAAAAUGCACUAAUCAGAUACAAAAUAAAAUGAUAUUCUAUGCCACUUUUUUCUGUUGGGGAAAAAAUAUAUAUAUAAAUAUAUACAUAUACAUUGGCAUCGAUAUAGUUCUUCCCUCAGUGUUCCUCGGGUGUUUCUGUACUAUCUUUGUGCCUAAAAAUGGAAAUUGUUCGACAAAAAUAAUCCAUCUGUAUCUGCUUACGUUCUGUAUUUCCAAAAGAAAAUAAAAGUGUUGUCUCCAGUACCCUAGGGAUGUCAUGAAGCUCAAAUUAUGACUUCUUUUUAGAGCAAAUUAUUGCAAUAAACCCUCUGGAUUUAGUUCUUUAAGCUGCACUGUAUUAUUGGCAUCCGGAAGCAUUUUCUCAGCACCCAGAUAAACAAAAAAGUUUGCAUAUUUAUGCAAUUAUUAUUUGUCCACCAACAGGUUUGCUGUUGAGGAUUUUUGACGAGAAAAUUAAUGAGAACCGCCAUCCGUGUAGGUUGGCACUAGGGGUUUUUUUCCCUUCUGCUUGGUUUCUGUUUAUUAAACUACUUUUUAUUUCUUAUCCCCUCAUUCUACGAGAUGCAUUUAUCAGUCGGGGAUGUAAAAUUUGGUCCGAGAGGAAUCAUGGCAUCCCUGGAAGCUGGCACUCUGUGUUUUUGGUGUGGUGUUUUCUAGAACAAAGUAGCCAUUUUCAUGCAGUGUUGCAGUGCAUGUGCCAUUGAGGUCUAGACUAAAACUGUUUGAGUAACAAAGCACCAAGACAUUGUAUUUUUUUAAUAUUAGCACUGAGGACCAAUUGCCCUGUCGGACCAAGCGUGACAAAGCUUAUUUUGUUGGUUUUUUGUAUCGUAACAGCUUUUUAAUAAAGCUUUUUCCCUGUCUUUCCCUGGCUUUGUCUGUGCUACUUCUCUCCUCCAUUGUUGUGACAGCACAAGUGCCAGUCGAGUUGCUCUGUAUUAAGAAAAUAGUGUUUCUAUUAUGAUUUGAAUUGUUUUAGUUUUUGUCUACCUCAGCACCUAAUCUUAGCCUAAUCUUAGAAGGUGCCCAAUUAUUAUUUUUUGUUUUCUUUUGUUGUUGUUGUUAUUCUGGUAUUGUUGUCACUUGUACAAAAAUACAAUAAAAAAAAAGGUUUUUGACAUUUUGCAUUAGAGCUUUGCGAAGGUCCUUUGUCUUUUCCGAUGACAACGUGCUAUUUUUUGGUUCAUUUUGUUUUCGUUUUGUUUCCCGUGGCAGUACGUUUCCUGUUUAAGCUGUGGCACCAAUCUAUAGCCACCGUCUGUUGAUAUAGAGGUUGUUUUUUCCUGUUUUGUUUCUAUCCAUGUAGAUUCAGACACAUCUUUGUAACAUUUCAGUGUUCUCUGAUGAAGUGUUGAAAAAAAAUAUAAAAUAAAAAGGAACAUUAAAAGAUUUAAUGCUGCAGGUUCUCUUCUCCAUGUUGUCAAUAAAGUCAAUGUUGUGCCUUUGAUAGUAAAAAAUAUAUUAAAAAAUAAUCUUUUUUUCAAAUCCUUCUAACAGUAGAUUGUUGAUUGAAGUGGGGUUUUUUUUUCAAUUGUAUUUUUAUUUAUGGCUCUCAUAAUAAAAAAACAAAUCAUGAUGUUGAGUUGUAUACUUUCAAUCUGCAGUUAGAAAACAAAAUAAAAAAUGGACUUCA